ACAAUGUGGGGUCUUGUGGUUGAUUCCCGCUUUUUAAACACUAUUAUCCCGCCGUCCCAACACUUGUUCUUCUUCUCUCUCCACAGUCUACCCUAACCCAUCCAUCCUGGUCGAUGCUCCUACAAUUCCAUGUCUACCUCCUCAACCCACCACACCUAUAGCCGAAAGCAGAAAUCACUCGGCUUAUUGUGCACCAAUUUUCUCAGGCUAUACAACAGAGAUGGCGUCCGCUUAAUUGGUCUCGAUGACGCCGCAUCGCGAUUAGGUGUUGAGAGACGCCGGAUCUACGACAUCGUCAACGUCCUAGAGAGCGUCGGGGUGCUGGCCAGAAAAGCUAAGAAUCAGUAUACCUGGAAAGGCUUUUCUGCGAUUCCCGAGGCUUUGCAAGAACUCAAGGAAGAUGGUUUGAAAGAGAAUCCUGGGUCUUUUGAUGACUCCAAUGACAGCGCGAAAGUGUCUGAUGAUGAGGAUGAGGAGGAAACUUCUCCCAUUGUCAAUACUGAAAGUCAGAAUGACAAGGAAAUUCCUGAUUCCACCGCUCUUGGUCUAUCCUCUAAGAACGAAAACAGAAGGGAAAAGUCUCUGGCAUUGCUUACUCAGAAUUUUGUUAAGCUUUUUAUCUGCUCUAGUAUCGAAAUGAUCUCCCUUGACGAAGCUGCAAAGCUGUUGCUUGGAAAUGCUAAUACAUCAAUAAUGAGGACUAAAGUCAGGCGCCUAUAUGAUAUUGCAAAUGUGUUAUCCUCCAUGAACCUAAUCGAGAAGACCCAUACAACAAAUACAAGAAAACCAGCAUUUAGGUGGUUGGGUUGGAGAGGUAAAGCAUGGAGUGAAUCAGUUGACUUAGCUCACAAUUCAAAUUUCAAUGAGCCAGGGAAAAGAAAAUUUGGAACUGACAUCACAAACACAAGUUUUAAAAGGAGCAAAACUGAUUUUCUCUUGGAUGGCCACACCUGUAAAAUGCAAAAUCAACAAGAAAAUAUCAGUUACAGAGUACAGCCCGACAGAAGCAACUUUGAAAAAGAUGCAAAACAAACAUCAAAGAGCUAUCAGUUUGGUCCUUUCGCUCCAGCUUAUGUGCCCAAAGUCGGAACCUCUGAAAAUAGUAGCGGGAAUCAGGUGCAUGACUGGGACAGCCUCGCACAGGUUCAUCGUCCUCAGUAUCAAAACCAAGGUAUCUAGCUUUGAGAGAUCUAUUCUCUCAUUACAUGGAUGCGUGGAAAUCAUGGUACUCUGAAGUUGCUGAGAAAAAGCCAACCAAAACCUUAUAAUUGACGUGUCCGAAGGUAGUAAAAGAUUGUAGCUUUCUCAAGAAUCCAUGUUCUCCAUGUAUUAAAUGACUAAAGUUAGUCAAAUUGUCGUAGUUUUCUCAAAAUGGAAUCCAUGCUUUCCGUGUAUUAAAUAAUUUUUAAAGUUAUUAAAUUUAUUGCAGCUUUCUGAAAAAGAAAUGUCCAUUAAAGAAUUUAGUUUUUCA